AUGACAACACGCAUGCAUAACGAGUUCCUCGACCUCCCCGAAAGCGAUGAAGAGCUUAGCGACCACGGCUAUGAGUCCGAAGAGAACCUGACGAGGAGCAAAGGCCGAACGACCAAGCGACAGCGACGAACUGAUACUCAGGAUCUGCUCGGCCUACAGUCAGACCAAUCAGACCAAGAAGUUUUUGACGAUGAUGAGCCCGAGGGAAAGGGAAAAGCGCACAACAAGACAACGAAGCCUCGUGAUGACGAAGUCUCCGAAGACGACGACGAAGCCGAAGAUAGAGAUGGUGGCGUUUACCUCGACACCACGAAAGACAAGAAGCCUCUCUCCACAAAACAACUGAAGCCCACGAAGAAGUCGAAAAAGAAGCCGGGUGUCAUUUAUCUGAGCUCUCUGCCGCCAUAUCUCCGACCAUCUGCUCUACGCACGUUCAUAGAACAGCGUGGUUUCGGACCCAUCACGAAAGUAUUCCUGCAGCCGACCGUUCCCAACAGCUCCGCGCCGAAGCGUCGGUCAAAUAAAAGAAAGACUUAUUCAGAUGGAUGGGUGGAAUUUCAGAGCAAGGCAACCGCGAAGCUCGCUGCAGAGACGCUUAAUUGCCAAAUCAUUGGAGGGAAAAAGGGAUCGUGGUACCAUGAUGACAUUUGGAACAUGAAAUACUUGACUGGCCUCAAAUGGGAUCAGUUAAUGGAGCAGAUGAGAAUCGAACGAGUGCAACGAGAGGGACGCCAGAGAGCUGAGGAUAUGAGGGCGAAGAGGGAAGAAAAAGCUUUUCUGGAAGGCGUGGAAAAGUCUCGGAUUCAACAGGGUAUCGAGAAGACGAAAGAGGCACAGAGAAAGCGGCGCUUGGAUGCGGGAGAUGCCGCGGAGGAGCCCCAACCGCAAAAGCCCCAAGAAAAGAAACCUCGGAGGACAUUCAAGCAGAAUGAUAUCGUUUCUGCGAAGAAGACGGAGAGUCUCGGAGACGACGCGAAGCGAGUCUUGGGCAAGAUCUUUUGA